GUAAAUCACGCGAGCGAGAAUUUGGAACCGAUCCAAGAUAACAUGCGAACGUGGCGAACGGAAACGAAACACUCGGCCAUUUCCACGUAGUCCGUGAAAGCCAGAAGAGUUGGUUGUUUCAUAUUGUUAAAAUAAUAGAACGACCAUGGUCAAUGGAAGGAUUCCAUCAGUCUUUUCUAAGACUUAUGUCACGCCAAGAAGACCUUAUGAGAAGGCUCGUUUAGACCAGGAAUUACGUCACAUUGGAGAAUAUGGUCUUCGUAAUAAACGUGAAGUAUGGAGAGUAAAAUAUACUCUUGCCAAAAUACGCAAAGCUGCUCGAGAACUCCUUACAUUGGAAGAGAAAGAUCCCAGACGUCUUUUUGAAGGUAAUGCACUAUUAAGACGUUUAGUCCGAAUUGGAGUGUUGGAUGAGAGCCGUAUGAAGCUUGAUUACGUUCUUGGUUUGAAAAUUGAAGAUUUCUUGGAGAGACGUCUUCAAACACAAGUUUUCAAGCUUGGAUUAGCUAAAUCCAUUCAUCAUGCACGUGUCCUCAUUCGUCAAAGACACAUUCGCGUUCGUAAACAAGUUGUGAACAUUCCAUCGUUCAUAGUUCGAUUGGACUCCCAGAAGCACAUUGACUUCUCUCUGAAAUCGCCCUUCGGUGGCGGUCGUCCUGGUCGCGUAAAGAGGAAGAACAUGCGUAAGGGAGCUGGCGCAGCUGCUGCUGAAGAAGAAGAAGAUUAAUUUAUACGUUGAUAAUUGGAAUUGUCCAAAUAAAAAAAUAUAAAAAUAAUUUUACUAGUUUUUAUGACCCAUGUCUGUGAAGAAAAUGUUUAAGAAAUGAAUCUUAAAACACUACAAUUCUUAUAAACGGUAUUUAUAAAAUUAUUUUGUUUUCAGUACUACUUACAUAUUUCUGUAUUACAUUCGCUAUUUUCUUGAAUAGUUUUUUCAUAAUUUUUCGAAAACACGUGAUAUGACUCAUUAGACGUAAUUUAUGACUUAUUUAUGUCUAUAGCACAC